AUGACGAGGCUGAGAAACUUGAGAAAGGGUUUCAAAGCUAUUCAAGAUUCGGAACUCGUCAACCUCUUCAAAUCCGAAAUUAACUUCGAACUUUCUUCUAAUCACUUUCAGAAUGCUCAAAUUGGUUCCUUAGGUGAAUUCGUAGUGGACUAUGAUUCACCACAUUCCAUAGAUGUGAUUUUGAGAAGAAAAUGUGAUUCCGGUGAGGAGGUUGCUCUUUCAGCUAUAUUGGGUCCUCCUAACUAUGAAAAAGAUCUUAUUUUUGUAAGAGAUGUUUUCAUGAAAAUAUGUGUUAAGAAGCCAGAUUUGUCCUCUAUCUUGCAAUUUGACUGUAGAGCUUAUCAAGAUACUGAUAAAACCUCUCAAUUUGACAUCAACAAUGCUUAUUAUCUUAGAUCGCCCGCGUCUCUCAGCUCUUCCGUUUACAGAGGCCCCUUAUUCAGUGAAUUGGGUAUUAAGUUGCAAACAGCAUUCAAGGAAUACCUGAUAGACAAGGGCAUUGGAGGAAGCUUAACCAAUUUCCUUCUCCACUACCUACACACAAGAGAACAAAAGCAAUACGUGAACUGGUUGAAAACAGGUGAAGCAUUCCUGUCUAAAAAUUGA